GCUCGCCAAGAUGCUACUCAUGUGAUUGCAAACUUGCAAAGGCAGCGGAUCAAUUCACAGAUAAUAGCUUCCCAAUACCUGGAAAAAAAUUUGGAUCUCGUGGAUAUGCUAAUUAAUGGUUAUGAACAAGAUGGUGACAUUGCUUUGACUUAUGGUGCGGUUGCAAGAGAGUGCAUACGCCAUCAGUGUGUUGCUAGACAUGUCUUGGGAUCAGAUCACAUGAAGAAGUUCUUUGACUAUAUUCAACUGCCGAAUUUUGAAAUCGCCUCAGAUGCUCUUUCAACUUUUAAAGAGCUAUUAACAAGGCACAAAUCCACCGUCUCUGAAUUUCUUUCCAAGAAUUAUGAUUGGUUUUUUGAAGAGUACAAUACUCGAUUGCUAGAAUCUAACAGUUAUUUCACUAGACGACUUGCCAUUAAGUUAUUGGCGGAUAUGUUACUGGAUCGCUCCAAUUCUGCUACAAUGGUUCGGUAUGUGAGCUCAGUAAGUAACAUGGUCAUCCUUAUGAACCUCCUAAGGGUAUGCUUUCUAUUAUCUCACAUUUUUUUAUGA